UAUGUCAUCCAAUUGAAGAUGACGGCGGCGGUUGUGUGCUUUAAUUACGGUCUAUUAUUGUUUUUAUUGUAAUAAACAAAUUUCCACUUUGAAUGAAAGGAAAAGUAUUAAAAUAUAAUUAAGAUGUCAGAGUCCUCAAAAUCAAAGUCUCUUAAUUCAAACACCACUCCAACUUUGCAAUGCAAAGAUCUGCACGAAUAUCUUAAAAGUCGUUCUUCACAAUUUUUGGAUACAUUAUACAAUUAUCCAACAAUUUGUUUAGCAGUAUAUAGAGAGUUACCAGAAUUGGCUCGUCAUUUUGUUAUACGUCUUCUGUUUGUCGAGCAGCCGGUACCUCAAGCUGUAGUAGCGUCUUGGGUUUCACAAACACAUGCCAAAGAACAGAGCAAAGCAAGUGAAGCUCUGUCAGAACUCUCCGUGUGGCAUGAGGCACCAAUACCUGGUGGUCUACCUGGCUGGUUGCUCUCGCAGUCUUUUAAGAAGAAUCUAAAAGUAGCUCUGCUAGGAGGCGGUAGACCAUGGAGCAUGUCACAAACCCUCGAGCCGGACGGCAAAGCUCGAGACGUAGCGUUCCUGGAUGCGUACGCACUGGAGCGCUGGGAGUGCGUGCUGCACUACAUGGUGGGGAGCCAGCAGACUGAGGGCAUCAGCGCUGAUGCUGUGAGGAUCCUGCUGCACGCCGGUCUGAUGACCAGAGAUGCUGAAGAUGGUUCUGCGGUGAUCACUAAAGCAGGUUUUCAGUUCCUUCUACUUAGCACAGCUAAACAGGUGUGGCUUUUCCUGCAACACUAUUUGCACACGGCGGAGAAGAGAAAUUUGAGCUCGGCUGAAUGUUUGGCGUUUUUAUAUCAGCUCAGUUUUAGUACUCUGGGAAAGGAUUACAGUACAGAAGGAAUGAGCAAUAAUAUGUUAGUAUUUCUGCAACACUUGAGGGAAUUUGGACUUGUAUAUCAGAGAAAGCGCAAAGCGGGUCGUUUCUACCCAACCCGGCUUGCUCUCAACAUAACUUGCGUCAAAGACGGCAUCACUCCGCUAGAGGCGGGCCGGCAACAGGGCUACGUGGUUGUCGAGAGCAACUACAGGGUGUACGGGUAUACGCAGAGCACCCUGCAAGUUGCCCUACUUGGAUUGUUCACGGAACUUAUGUACAGGUUCCCGAACCUCGUGGUCGGCGUGAUAACCCGCGAGUCAGUACGGCAAGCGUUCCGAGGCGGCAUCUCAGCAGAACAGAUCAUCAAAUACUUGGAACAGCACUCGCAUCCACAGAUGUUAAAAACGGAAACGGGUGGGAUAAGAACAACGUCAGUGCUUCCCCCCACUGUGGUGGAUCAAGUUAGGUUAUGGGAGAGCGAGAGGAACAGAUUCACGUAUAUCGAUGGAGUGGUGUAUAACCAAUUUUUGUCGCAGGCCGACUUCGUAGUACUGCGUGAUUACGCUAAACAACAGGGCGUGUUGAGUUGGCAGAACGAACGAACUCGAACUAUGGUGGUCACUAAGCCGGGACACGAUGAUGUCAAGAAGUUCUGGAAACGAUACUCUAAGAGCUCGUAGAAUCCCAUACAGAUCCCAUAUAGAGUGGGAUUCGAUGUGGGAUACAGUGGGAUUCGAUAAGAUUCAGAGAUGAUGUUGUUCUAAAAAGAGGAAAUGAAAUGAAUACCUGGAGUAGCUACUAAUCCAAUUUCGACGAAAGUUCUUGAAGUUUGAAGUGGUUUAUAGUUUUUAAGAAUAUAUGUAAAGACUGUUGUAAAUAAAGACUUAUGUUUAA